AUGACAGUCGAAGAACCUCCACAAACGCGCAGAGCGCCUCAGCCUUCCCAGCAGACACAUAGGAAGAAAAGAUUUGGAGAUUCCAGUAAUGCAUCACUCGACGACAAGGCACUUGACUUUGGCGAUGCAUUGAUGCAACAACGUUCCAGGUUCAACGCGCAUGAGCUCCCGCUCGCCCGCGAGAUCCUGUUCGUGGGAAUUGUCUGCCUCGCGCAAUUUACGACCCAAGUCGGCCUGGGACAGACCUUACUCAUUCUCCCCGUGAUAGGUCGAAGCUUCAACCUCACCGAACCCAGUGAACUUGUCUGGCUCAUUGCCGGAUACAGCCUGACGGUUGGAACUGGCAUUCUGAUCUCGGGCAGGUUCGGAGAUCUGUUCGGCUACAAACGCAUGUUGAUCAUUGGAUAUUGCUGGUUUUCACUCUGGUCGAUGGUCGCGGGACUGAGCGUUUACUCGGAUCAUGUGCUGUUCGUGUUUGCCAGGGUAUUCCAGGGCAUUGGGCCGGCUAUUACUAUGCCUAACGGAGUGGCACUGUUGGGGGCUUCUUAUAAUCCAGGUCCACGGAAAGAUAUGGCAUUUGCUUUGUUCGGAGCUUGUGCUCCAGCUGGUUCCAUAAUUGGCGGUGCUUUCGCUGGACUCCUUGCACUGGCCUGGUGGCCAUGGACAUUUUUCUCGUUCGCGAUUACACUGGCUGUUAUCGCAGUCGUUGCGGCACUAGUUAUUCCUGAUCCCGCCCCAAAGCGCGAAUUUGAAGAGAUAUCUAUUCGAGAAAAGAUCAGACUGCUAGAUCUCCCGGGGGCCGUUGUGGGCAUCACAGCUCUGGUCCUGUUCAACUUUGCGUGGAAUCAAGCUCCGAUAGUGGGCUGGUACAAGGCAUAUGUCUACGUGACCAUGAUCAUCGGCCUUCUCUUGGUCCCGGUGUUCUUCUACAUUGAAUUUCGAGUUUCCCCAUCUCCACUUGUCCCUUUCGACGCCUUGACAGUUGACGUUAGCUUUGUCCUCGCUUGCAUUGCCUGCGGCUGGUCAUCGUUCGGCAUCUGGGUAUUCUACCUGACCAGCUUCCUCGAAAACCUACGAGGGGCGUCCCCUCUCCUUGCUACCGCAUACCUAGCCCCUGUGACAAUCUCUGGCUUUGCUGCCUCUGUUUGCACUGGUCUACUUCUGUCUCGACUACGAGCAGCCUGGGUGAUGACAAUAGCUCUUACAUUUUUUACAGUCGGCCACAUUCUCAUCGCCACCGCUCCAGUUGAUCAGACAUACUGGGCUCAAACGUUCGUUUGCACCAUCGUCAUUCCUUGGGGCAUGGACAUGUCCUUUCCAGCAGCUACAGUCAUCCUUUCCAAUGCCGUAAGCAAAGAACAUCAGGGCAUAGCCGCCAGUCUUGUCAACACCGUCGUCAACUACAGCAUAUCAUUAGGCCUAGGUUUCGCAGGUACCGUGGAGGUCCAUGUGAAUAAUGGCGGCCACAAUCCGCGCGACAUCUUGCUCGGAUACCGCGGAGCGUGGUAUUUGGGUAUUGGCCUCGCAGGCCUCGGAUUGUGUAUAAGCACCAUCUUCCUGCUCAGAGGGUAUUGGAGAGAUCGAAACACGGCACAUACAUGA